AUGGAGGAGCACGAGAAAUAUGCCGAGCGCAUAUAUGGAGUGCGACGGGGAGGUGGAUUGGAGAGUGCUAAAAUUUGGAAGGCUCCGUCGAGAGGGGUGGUUAAACUGAAUUGUGAUGCUUCCCUAGCAUGUGAAGGAAGGGUGGGCAUGGGUGUGGUAGCUAGGGACUGUGAUGGCCGAGUGUUAUUUGCAGCCUCGAGGCGAGUACGAGCUCAUUGGCCGGUGGAAAUAGCUGAAGGUAAGGCGCUGCUUAUGGCUGUUAGAUUGGCAAAACGUUUUGGUUAUGAUAAUGUUGUGCUGGAAUCGGAUAGCAAAGUGCUCAUAUCGCGCCUUUCAAAAGCCAUGGUCUACUUCUCUGAUUUGGAUGCUGUCUUGGAGGAUAUUCUUAUGUCUAGUAGUUGUUUUAAUUCUUUGUUUUGGUCUCAUGUUAAAAGGGAUGGCAAUGUUGUAGCUCAUCACCUUGCUAAGAUAGUACCUUUUGGUGUAGAACAAAUAUGGGAGAACCACAAUCCUGUUGAGGUUGAGCCCUAUGUGUUUAUGGAUUUUCUGUCCAAAGAUGAAUGA